CAUAUUUGAAUAUCGAAUAUAAAUAUAUAAUCAUACCUACGCUAAGAAAACACGUUACAACACUUAGACUAGUGAAAUGUUAUAUUUCUCUCAGAAGAUUGCGAAACUUUGACCUUGGAACACCUUCUCAUAAUUUACUUAGUGUUCUCAGGGUGUUUUCUGAUUAUCCACCGCAUCAAAGCAGCAAAUAUUAUGCAAAAUAGAAAAAAUAAAAAUUGUACCGGUAAAUAAUAUCAAUAUGUUCUUUGACACCAAUGAAAUCUUGAUUUUCUAAAAACAGUCAGAAAAGAAUGUGUAUUUCGCUGUAGCGAGUUGAAUUGGUCUAGCAAAAAGUUAGCCGUUCCAAAAAGAAAACAACAGCGAACAUGGCUGGAAUCCCUCCAAAAUCUUGGCAACCGGCUUACGUGACGCUGAAUACAACAAUGGGUGAGAUUGUAGUUGAACUCUAUUGGAAACAUGCUCCAAAAACAUGCACAAACUUUGCAGAGUUGGCUAGACGUGGUUAUUACAAUGGAGUGAAGUUUCAUAGAAUUAUUCCAGACUUCAUGAUACAGGGUGGGGACCCAACAGGGACAGGAAGAGGGGGUGCAUCUAUAUAUGGCAAGGAAUUUGAUGAUGAAAUCUCAGAGGAAUUGAAACACUCAGGAGCAGGAAUUCUGUCCAUGGCUAACAGUGGCCCAAACUCCAAUGGGAGCCAGUUCUUUAUCAGUCUAGCUCCCACUCAGUGGUUGGAUGGAAAGCAUGCAAUAUUUGGACGUGUCUUUAGUGGAAUGCAGGUGGUGAAGCGUAUGGGAAUGGUCGAUACAGACAAUAAUGAUAAGCCAUAUGAAGAUGUCAAAAUACAGAAGGCAUUUAUAACAAGAUCUUAGCAGUUAUUUUGUGAAAACACCAUUACAAAGUACAUUUUUAUGGAUCUUGAGUGCAUUUGUGCGGAUCUCGAGUGCAUUUUUAUGGAUCUUGAGUGCAUUUGUGCGGAUAUUGAGUACAUUUUUAUGGAUCUUGAGUGCAUUUGUGUGGAUCAUGUAUCAUUAUUAUCCUAGAUGACCUGAACUUGGCUGACAUUUUAUACACGUAUAUGAUGCUGCAAUUGAAAU